ACGAGGAAACACAAAGAGUAAUUAUCAUUCUCACGUCUUCAUCUUGUUUGUUAAAUCAAAGUCUCCAGAGAGAGAGAGAGAGAGAGAAUCAGUAGAUGAAAAAAAAGCUUCUUGGACUGAAAGAAAUAUACAGCAUAAAAAAAGAAAGAAAGGGGAGAAACCAAAAAACAAAAAAAAAAUUCGAUUUUUCCAUUCACGCAAUCACAACCGGAUUUCUCUUUUGCUCUCCUUUCUGCUUCCUUCCUUCCAAUCGUUUUCUUCUUUUUGUCACACACUUAAUUAAUUGCUCAAUCGUUUUUGGGGUUUCAUUGUUUCGUCGAUUAAGGUUUCUGGGGUUUACUUUACACUGCAAAGAUUUCUUUGUGAUAAUCAAUCUAUAAAUUCGGUGAACGGUGGUUUGUCGUUUUGUCUUCCCACAGUUUUGUGAGAGAAAAUGAUACAUCUAAUAUCUUGACAUUGCAUAAACUUGAUUGAAUUGGAUCAUCUUGUAAUUAUUUUGGGGUAUGGACGACUUGCUUCUGUUUAUGCAUAUUUAUAAACAUAAUAUAUGAAUGAUGUUUGGUGGGCAAAAAGGCGCUCUCCAGAAUCUGAAACAAAAAUUGCUUGGAGAAUCAUCUUAUACAACAUUUGUCAACGAUGUUCCCCCUGAAAUCGAGUUGUCUGAUUACCAAAGAGCACCAAGUCCAGGUUCUGAAAGCCCUUCUGGGCUUCUUAAUGGUGAAAGCUUGAAAGUCAAACCAAUUGCUGAUUUAGAUCUCUUCUUUGAGAGGCUUUAUAGCUACUACUGUGAAAAAGGUCUAUGGUGCAUAAUCAUUAAGUGGAUUGUUGAACUUUUGAGCUUGGCUUUUACCAUAUGUUUCUCUGGUUUUUUCUUACUAUUUGUUGAUUGGAAUGGUCUUCGAAGUGCAAAAUGUGGAAUGGAUGCAGUUGAAUUCGGGAUAAAACCAUGUGAUCUUGCUAAAGAGGCUCUUCAUCAACAUCCAUUGACACCAUUAACGCCUUUUAAAGUAGUAAUCCUUGGUUAUCUUGGAAUCACAUUUGUUUACUGGAUCUUUUGCUUUUUACGGUUCUUUGUACAGCUUAAGGAUACACUAGAAAUACGCCAAUUCUACAUUAACAGUCUUGGUGUGACUGACAAUGAGAUGCAAACAACACCAUGGGCAUCGAUUCUUGAAAAGGUAGUUCAAAUUCAAGAAUCACAGCAGUUAUGUGUGGUGAAGGAUCUUUCUGCUCAUGAUAUUGUGAUGCGAUUGAUGAGGAAGGAAAAUUAUUUGAUUGGCAUGUUGAACAAAGGGGUGCUAAGCUUCCCGAUAUCUUCGUGGGUCCCGGGUGCGGGGCCCACCGUCAAGAAAGGUCCAAAUGGUACACGUUAUUGCCUCAUGCUAACCAAGACCCUUGAAUGGACUCUAAACUGGUGCAUAUUGCAUAGCAUGUUUGAUAGAAACUUUUGUAUCAGAAAGGACUUUGUAAGCGAUCGCAAUACCUUAAAGAAAAGGUUAAUGGUAGUUGGGAUUGCAAUGCUUCUCCUCUCUCCAUUUCUGGUUGUGUUUAUGCUUGUGUAUCUUUUUCUAAGACAUGCUGAACAGUUCUACAAUCAUCCUAGUACAGCUUCAUCAAGAAGAUGGUCAAAUCUUUCAAAAUGGAUAUUCCGUGAAUUCAACGAGGUGGAUCAUCUGUUCAAGCACCGAAUCAACAGCAGUGUUACACACGCUUCAGAUUAUUUAAAACAAUUCCCAUCUCCAAUUCUAUCAAUCGUUGCAAAGUUUGUAUCUUUUGUCUCGGGUGGCUUUGCUGCAAUCUUGAUCAUCAUUGCUUUCCUUGAGGAGUCUCUGCUUGAAGGCCAUAUCUUUGGGCGUAAUCUGUUUUGGUAUGGAGCUGUUUUUGGAGCUAUCACUGCUAUUAGUCGAGCUGCUGUUUCAGAUGAGCUUCUUGUACUCGAUCCACAUGGCACUAUGUCUCUUGUUGUCCAACAUACUCAUUAUAUGCCUAAAAGAUGGCGUGGAAAAGAAAACACCGAAUAUGUUCGAGUGGAGUUUGAAACUCUUUUUCAGUACACUGGGAAGAUGCUGCUGGAGGAGAUGGCCUCAAUCUUUUUAACUCCAUUCUUGCUUAUCUUUGUAGUACCAAAGCGGGUUGAUGAUAUUUUGCAGUUUAUUGCUGACUUCACUGUUGAUGUUCAAGGAGUUGGCCAUGUUUGUAGCUUUAGUACAUUCAACUUCCAAAAGCAUGGUAAUAUCAAGUACGGAUCGCCACAUAAUGCCUCCCGAACUUACAGAAGCUCCCAGGGCAAAAUGGAGAAAUCAUUCCUAAGCUUUCAGAGUAGCUAUCCAUCAUGGGAACCAAGCGCAGAUGGAAAGCAGUUUCUUUCAACUCUGAAAACAUUCAAAGAGCAAAAGUUUCAAGAACAGGGUAUAAGGCCAGGGGGCUACAUGGGCCCGGACCAUAUGCAACAAUGGGCUCCUCGAGGCCAAGGUGACCCAAACAGCUACUUUUCAAGGGACACAAGAAGCCCAAACAUUUCAAGAAGUGCUUAUCAACUCGAUUGCAUGUGGCUCAUUGACCCUGUCCACAAGAACCACCCCUACAUUCUAGACUGGUACCACACAUCAUCCGCUCACCAUCAUCAUCAUCAUCAUACAACAAUCGGUCAACAAGACAUGGAAUCCGGGCAGGUUGAUGUUGAAGAAAGUCUGGCAAACGUGUGGGACCCGCCUGACCUGGGUCGGGACCGGGUCCCGUAUGAUGAAAACUGGGGAAGCUUUUUCGAUGAUCGGGCAGGGAGUAACAUGGACACAUCAACAUCUGCUCCUCUUUUACGUGGAAGUGUGUUGCAACAUCAUGACUCGGGCAGCAUCGGGCAGGCGGGCAGGAGUCAGUGGUGGGCUCGGGGCGAUGGCCCGCGAGGGGUGGGACCUCAGACGAGCUUUAUUGAGCCUCCGAACUUCACUCGGGAUGAUUACAAUGACUACAAUGAUAAUAUCUCGGAAAGAAGCUUUGAGGAACAUGAUCAUCAGCAGUUUGAUUGGAGGGGUGAAAACAGAUUAUUAUCAAGGACGUUUUAUAUGGAUGAUAUUGAAGGAGGAAAUUUUGAUCUUCCUUUUGAUGAUAUUUAUGAUAGACACUCUCAAAGCCCACCAAGAACCAUAGAAUGAUUCGAUGUGUGGAUGUGUUUCUGGUUUAAAUUUGUGAUCUUUUGCAAAGAAACUGUUGGAAAUUCUUUGUUGUAUAUAAAUCAAUUAGGAAAUUGAAGUCGAAAAUGUUUGUUAGAAAGUGAUUAAGAUUUAAGGGUACAGUCACUUUAAAGUAACAAGAAAACAGUUAACCGAUUGAUGAUUUGUUGAUCUCUCGUACUAUCAUGAAGUUUGAUGAUAUAUUGCAUUGUAUAUAAAAUUGGUCGUGUUCUGCUUUUGGUUUUUGAAUA